CCGCGGGAACCCUUCUCGAAAUGGCCAGACUCCGGCUGCCGAGCUCCUCCGAUGAAGAGGAGGAUUCUGGCGGAGGCGUCCGUAACCGAGCGAGCAGCAGCCGGAACCCUGACGGAGCUAGGGUCGACCAGAGGAAGGACGCGAGGGCUUCGAGGCGCCUCCAGAUCCUUGACUCGCCCUACGGAGAAGAGGAAGAAGAAGCGCGUGGCGGUCCUCCGGUUGAUCCCCCGGCGCCGCCUGCGGCAGCAGCAGCGACGGAGGACCACACCGUUGAGAUAUCAGACGAUGAUGAAUUCAUCGAUGUCCCAGACUUCUUCACUCCCCCUUCGUCUUCCCCUCCUCGCGCCCAAGACGAUCUUGGCGGCGCCUCCUCUGGAAUGCCUCCCGAAUCCGCCGUUCUAGAAGAAGAAUCUGGCGAUAGUCCAGUGGCGGGACUGCUUCGUGGAAUAGGAGCAAGGCCUCGCAGGGAAUGGUUGGAUUCUUGCAUCCGAAGGUUAGCUGAUGCUCGGCCCGGGUUUGCCAGAUUAAGCGUCCGAGAGCAGGCAGAUCUCUGUCUUAAACAAUAUCUCUUCGCCGAUUUCAAUUUAGCUGGUGCUGGCGUUCUUCCUCCUAACAUCCACACGAUGCAUGCCGUUGAAAUUGGCGGCCCGUUCAUUCUGCAGGUGGAUGAAAUAGUUAAUGUGGGUUCUCCUCUACGGGACAGGUAUAAGGAAGCCCCUGCUAGUAACAAAAGGUGCCUCAAACUGUCCAUGACUGAUGGUAUUCAGCAUGUAUUUGGCAUUGAAUACCGUCCAAUAAAGGACCUUAAGGUUCUGGCUCCAGCUGGUUUGAAGGUUGCAGUUCAGAAUGUUCAUGUACGACGUGGACUUCUCAUGCUGGUUGCAGAAGUUUUGGAGGUUUUAGGAGGAUCAGUUGAAUACUUGGAUGCAGCUCGAAGGAGGCUUGUUGAUGAAGUAAAUAAGCCUCCAAGAGGAAGAAGAAGGCCUAGAGGAGAAGUGGUUUCUUCUUUGGUUGAACGGGCUCGUCUUGCUGCUUGGCCUCCAAGUAUGUUAGAUGACUUGGCAGACCUUAGCUCAUCAGAACAUUUGAAUUUACGAACACCAACAUCAAACCAAGCUGAUUUAUCAUCUUUUCCCACCGGAGAUAACCAAGAAAGAGGUUCUGAGGCAUUCACUUCUAGAAGUGUCACAGAGAACAUUAUCUCUAACCACUUGCCGAAUGCCAGAACCAGUGUAGAUGGCAGUAUGGAUCACGAAAUUGAUCAAGUUAAUGUAAGACAUGGAAAUGAAGAAGAGGUUCAUUUGGCUAAACGGGCUCAUCUUUCUACAAGUCAUCGAGUUGAAUUUGAAGGUUCAUCAAUCUCUGAUGCUGUAGCAUCAGAACAUCCGGAUACAGUGCCGUCAUCACAUCAAGUAGGUUCCAUGGUCAUAGGUGGGAAUGAUGAGCAAAUGGUCACAGACGAAUCUUCUGCCAGAAGAGUCAGUUGGGACGGUGUAUCUGAGACUUCUCCAGAUGUCAUUUCCACUGAAGUUGGUGCUCAUGCGGUGAACGAAACGAGUCAAUCCCAGAUGAGACGGAGAUUACAAGUGUCCGGUUAUUUGUCUAAGCAAGCUAAUCUUCCUGCUCAGUCUGCAGAUAGCUCGAACCUGUCGCGACCAUCAGAGGACCCUAUACAAGACCCUCUACGGUUGCAGCAUGCAUGUGCACUGCAUUUAGACCAAGAGUCAGCACCAGCCAGAACACUUGCUAAAGGUAGAAUCGCUGAUAAAUUAGCUCUCAGGCGUUUGACCGGUGACAAGUGCAACAAACCUUCUAAAACGGUUAUCGGUUUAGAGGGCACUAUUGCAGAAGCUGCAGGAUCUACUCUCGACUUAAACGAGCAUUCUGGAUCAUCUUCAAAGGUUAAAAGUCGGAUUGCGGUUGCAGAAUUCAAGUCGACCCUGGGCCCCCCCGUCAGAGUCCAGUCGGCCGAUGAGGUGGAUCAUCCUUACAUCUUAAGCGGGGAGCAGGAGAUGCCUUUUACAUAUAUGGCUUGUCUACAGGCCAAACAUGCGGUGAAGAAAGCGCAUGGAAACGCCGAGGAGUCCACGCUAUCGACCCGAGGGAAUAUUAAGUGCUUCUUGACCGGGGUCAAAGGGUUUCAGUUCAAGGGUAGGAGCCAGUUUGAGUUACGUGUUUAUGUUGAUGAUGGCAGCCUCAUCUCAGAAGUCCUAAUCGACCACAGGGUCGUGCAAAACGGGAUAGGUUAUUCCGCGGCGGAGGUAACAGCUGGUCUUUCUUCGCCAGACAAGGAUAAGGUAUCCAAGAUGAGAGAAGUGAUGAAGACCUUCCAGGCUUUCUUGGCCAACUUUGAGGGAAUCAUGCUAAUGGAGAUAAAUGACACCACCUCCGUGCCGGUAGCACUGGAGAUGAACCAAGGUUGUCUAUCCUCCGAUGCCUGGAUGCUUCUCCAGAGAUUGAAAUUAUACACUGCUUCAAGAAGCGCACAGUACCGUCCUACCCCCAUCAACAUCUCCCCUUGA